AUGUCUUCCUGCUACGGAGAUCUCGGCUGUCUCAAUUUGACGGGCUUCUACGACCCCAAGGUGCGCUUCGUCAACGCCAUGCCGUGGUCCCGUGCGAAGAUCGACACCCACUUUCAGCUGUACACGCGCCUCCAGCCCGACGUGCCUGACGUCUUCGCGUGGAACGUCACCGCCGACCAGCUGCGCCAAUCCGCAUUCGAUCCGCGGCUGGAGACCAAGCUGUUCGCCCACGGUUUUUUGCAGAUCAUCAAGGUUCCAGAUUAUCCGAUGCGGACCAUCAGAGAUGCUCUCUUGCAAGUGGGGGACUUCAACGUAAUCCUCGUUGACUGGGCGAGCGGCAGCAAGUACGACUACAUCCAGGCGACUGCCAACACUCGUGUCGUCGGGCUCGAGAUCGCCAGACUGAUCUACCUGCUCCAGGAAGCAUUCGGAGUCACUCCGGAUAGGUUUCACGUACUCGGUCACAGCCUGGGCUCCCACGUAGCCGGCUACGCUGGACAGAAGCUGCGAUCUCUUGGAAGAAUUACAGGUCUUGAUCCGGCCGAGCCAUUCUUCGAGGGAAUGUCACCCUUAGUACGGCUGGACCCGGGUGACGCCAUUUUUGUCGACGCUAUUCACACCGACGGAAAACGUUUUACGGUUCCUCUGCCUACAGUCGGCCUCGGCAUGAUCGAUCCAGUGGCGCACAUCGACUUCUAUCCCAACGGCGGCGUCACGCAGCCCGGUUGCGAAAAGGUCAUCAAGAACUUUUCACUCAAAAAUGGAGCAUUUCAAGGCCUCCGAGAGUCGGUGACAUGCCGCCACGAGCGGGCCAACCAGUUCGUGGCCGAGGCGCUGGUGACCGAGGCGAGUCGUGACUUAGGACAGUGCGCGUUCGUCGCCUACGCCUGCGCCAGCUACGAGAAGUUCCUGUCAGGAAAAUGCGCCGACUGCGGUCCUGACGGCACUGGGUGCGCCGUGAUGGGCCUCUCGUCCAUCGCUUCACGGCCUCAGCAGGGGACGGUUAAGAUGUACAUCCAGACUAGCCAGGAGGCCCCGUUCUGCCUGUACCACUACCACGUAGUUGUGCUCCUUGAUUCACUGUCGUCGCCGAUAUCUGGAAAAUUGAGCCUUCAGCUGACGGGACAGGAAGGACAAGCUACCCUGACGUUGAGUAAAACGGACGAACGCUUUGCUUCCGGCUCGCAGUUCACAUACCUGUGCACAACUCAGACAAGACUCGGUGAUAUACUGGAAGGCUCGUUAAGCGUGCAUUCUGCCGGCAGAGGUCACAGUGGCGAGCUGGCGAUUCGGAGAGUGGACGUGUCCCUGAUGAAUAGCGUCGCCGUGGCCAGGCACAAGAGAAGAUUUGUAAUAACUCUUAUUCCGACGCUAAACGAUGGCGAUAAGAUAUUGCUGUCCAAAUGCAACACGUAUUGAGCCAGAAAGCGAGCGAUGCGCGUACCAUAGGUUGAGAAAAAAAGUUGCAAUAAAAAA